GCGAUCCUAAUUUGCUAGGGCCAAGGCGACCCACGUGAGGUCAAAAAGGUCAUGAAAAUAACCUCGUGAGGUCGAAGUUCACCACGAGGCGAGAGAUGGCAGGACACCGGCAGCUGGUUCUCUUCAGUGGCCUGUUGGCGGCUGCUCUUCUGGCGGGAAUGGCGGAGUGCGAGUCGGGCGAGCAGUGCGAGUUCGUCUACGGCGGCCUCAUAUACCCGGAGGGCCGCCCGCCGUCCGUGGAACACGGCCUUCACUGGAGCAAAACACAAAUCGGAAAGCCGGCUCCUGACUGGAACGGCACCGCGGUCCUCGGUGGAGAGUUUAGAGAGCUGAGACUAACUGACUUCAAAGGAAAGUACCUCGUCUUCUUUUUCUACCCUCUUGACUUCACAUUUGUGUGUCCGACGGAAAUCCUCGCGUUCAACGAUCGUCUCGAAGAGUUCCGUGCAAUCGACACGGAGGUUGUUGCCUGUUCGGUGGACUCCAAAUACACCCACUACGCCUGGAUCAACACACCGAGAGAGGACGGAGGCCUGGCCGGACUACAGAUGCCACUGCUGUCGGAUCUCACCAAACAGAUUGCCAAGGAUUACGGGGUCUUACUCGAAGACGAGGGCAUUUCACUGAGGGGGCUGUUUAUAAUAGACAGGAAGGGGAUCCUUCGUCAGAUCACUAUGAAUGACCUACCCGUUGGCCGCUCUGUGGACGAAACGCUGCGUCUAGUUCAGGCCUUCCAAUAUACUGAAGAGCACGGAGAAGUGUGCCCUGCAGGAUGGAAGCCUGGUGGAAAAACAAUCAAGCCAGAUCCGGAGAAGAAGAAAGAAUAUUUCAAAGAGUUUUGUUCUUCUGAAAAAUAGCCGCCAUUUAUAGACUCCUAUACAAUGACAGUAUAUAUAUACACAUCUCUAGCUCAAUUUUGUAUCUAUAAUGCCUCAUUUCCACACCCCAAUAUAGCUCAGUUUAUAUAGAAUGCCUCAUUUUCUAUCUAGGUCAUGCAUACACCCUACACAUAAAGUAAACGUGAGCGCUGGCACAGAUAACCUUCUUCAGUUUUUUUAAAUAUUUUUUUAACGUGUAUUAUAUAAACUAGGGUCAAAUCAGUUUUGAUGAUACCAUUGUGUACAGUUGUAGAGACACGGCUGAAUCACAUCUACAUUCAGGAGACACUGUUAUACAUUCUCAGGAGUGUUGAAUAAUGGAAGUCUCUCGUAGAACAGCAAGUACGCCUGGCAUUUGUGGACCUCGGUUUGGGUGGCAGUUCGAACGUGCGUGUCACUAAUGUGGUACCAUUGGCCAUCGGUGGACGACGCAUCAAAAAUGGCGCUUGUCCGGUUCGGCUGUGUUUUGGCACCGUUUGGUUGUGUUUUGGUACCGUUUGUGGUCCCUGUUUGGUCCUCUGUGGUAUGCGAUUGUUCGAAAGUGGCUUCACUGGUAGAUGUAUUGUUCAGACUACAAUUGACUGUGUCGUGGUCUUGUUUCUGCUCAGUGUGGUUGUUGUCGGUUGUCGGGUGGUCAGUUGUGGUACUAUUUGUGGUACUAAUGGCACUUCUUUCGUCGUCAGUGGUAGCAUUUGCAGUACAAACACCGACAGUUGCCAUAGCGAUCGUGGGUGAAGCGGGCGCGACCAUUGCAUCUUGACGACGAGUAGGACUGACAAAUUGAUCGCUGGCCCCUCCCACUGGUGUGAAAUGGGCGUGGCUAUCUCUGACUUUUACGUAUGCGGUGUAGUGGCCGCCCUGCAUUCCUCCCGAAUGCUCCACUACUGCGUACAGACAGUACAGGGUUCUUCCAAGAUCGUCUCGAGGAGCCUUGCAGUCGGGGUUGCAGAAAGGAGCUACGUCGAGGAUCUCAGGGGAAGUCGAUGUGACGUCCGUUCUUCCUCAGUCGGCGACCGUCCUGCAGAAACCUCUUCAUGUGCAGGGUCAAAACUGGCGGGAGACUCUUGAUGAGCAGCUGCUUCGUGGCGUCCCUGAACACUGGCUCCUCUUUAGCUUCAUCGGUCGCCUUCCUUUCCGGAGUUAGCUCGGGUGUACUAUCCAUUGCAGUGUCGCUUUCAGAAUCAGAUGUACUCUCGAAACGACUGGAGGACCUUGAAUUGUCCCCUGUCUCCCUGCUUGUACCUCCUCUGUCCCCAGAACCACCUCCCAGAGUGUCUUUGCCAUUUCCCCUUACUCCACCCUCCUCCCCUUCAGUCACCUGACAAAGAUCA